AAUAUCAAGGUCGGGUACCGGCAUCCUCAUCCGCUUGCUCGCACCUCUCUUGUUCAGUCGCCGGAGGAGGGACCACUUCAGAAGCUCGUCAGCCACUUGUUGAAAAAGCUUCGCAUACAAUUCGCAUUUAAAAUCCAGUGAGGUUUAUGGCUUCUCAACUACCAGAUUACUCUAUCCGACCGAUGGAAAAAGAAGAAAUUCCUGAAGUCCUGGAUAUUUGGAGAGAAACGAAACUAUCUGAGGGCACGCAUUCUUUGGACACAUGGUUCAGUUACGAUCCUGAAGGAUUUUACGUAGCUGUCACUAAUGACGGUGAGAUACUUGGAGUCUGCGCUGGUGUACUACAGAAUGAAGAUCUCGCUUUCAUCGGUUUAUACGUUGUCAAAUCGUCCUAUCAAAGGAAGGGAAUUGGGAAGAGGAUUUGGGACACUGUUAUGGAGCGAGUUGGGCUAAGGAACGCUGGAGUCAACCCUGUUCCUGAGCAGCUUGCCAACUACCGUGACAGAGCUGGAUUUGGUGUCCAAACAUCAUGGUGUUCUGUUGUAUGCGUAGCUAGAGAUGUCCUGACUUCCGAACUUUGUACAAAUAUCCCUGAUGUAGAGAUUCAGGUUCUGAAGCCAGGUGAUGACAUCAUAGAUGAAGUUACACUCUACGAUGCCGAUGUCUAUGGAUUCAGUAGACGGAACUUAGUCAAACUGCUCUGCGAAGAAGGAGAUUCUAUCACCGUGGCAGCGAUCAAAGUUGGAGAAAGAAAGGUGUGUGGGUAUGGCUGCAUAAAAGAAAACAUUAAAGGCAAUGCCUUGGUUGGACCCUUAUAUGCCGAUGAAACAGAUAUAGCUGAAUUAAUACUUUACUAUCUAAUCAAAGCCUUUCCAUUGGCCGAAAGUAGAGGUGUUACUAUGACGACGAUUGAUUGCAACCAAUCGGCCAUGGACAUGACUGAGAAAGCUGGGUUUUUUAAGGAACCAGGCAUUGCUAGAUUGUAUACAAAAGAAGAAGUUAAUGUUAAAUUUGAAAAAGUUUUCGGUCAGCAUAAUCUAAAUUUUUCUGUAUUUUGAAAAAUUAAUUGAAGCUGAAGGGAUUUUUUGAGCGUCCUGUUAAUGACCGAAGCGCAAUAUCUUAAGAAGCACACCUGCAUUAUAUUCGAUAUAUAUAUAUACUGUGGUUCCAAAAUGUUGUAUGUAUUUUUAAGUAGGAAAUGAAGAUAUUACCAUGUGGUAUGGUUUUUAUUUACAAAAGAACUUGUAACGCUAUAGAAAACUUUAAUGUGAAAAUAAUAUACAGAAAAGAUGUUAUAUGUUUAAGAAUUUUUAUAUGUUUGCUGCUUUUUUCAUUCAUAUGUUCAAGAAUACAUUAUUGAUUUUGUAACGUCUUUAAUAAAAAGCAUUUAUAUGU